AUGCGAACCUUCAAUGUGGCGAUGGUUGUGGCUGAUCUGCAAGGGGGACCGGUGCAGGCGGCGCUCGUGGGCCAGGUGCACUCUGAUGGCAGUGGCGACGAAACGAACGAGGAGCUGGGAGACUUCUCCGACCACGGCGGCGACGGCAGGACGAACGAGGAGCAGAAGACUAUCAUCGACAAGGUUCUCGUCGAGGACGGCUGCGAGGGCGCAGAGGAGCAGGAGCAGGACUUCAUCAUUAACCAGGUGCACUACCACGACGGCGACGUCGGGACGAUAGAGGAUAGUGAGGCCAUCGUAUUCGGCACGGCUCUCAACGCGGACGGCGGCGACAGCGCGAGGGCGGAGCAGGAGAUUGUCAUCGACCAGGUGCUCUACGAGGAGCAGCAGCAUUAUACUCCUUUGAAAUCAGGUGCAUUACGGUAA